CGGCAGAGCGGAGCGGGGCGGGGCGGCGGCGCUGCCUACAGCUCCCGUGGGGCCGCGGGGCGCGCCCGACCUUGGGGCCGCCAGCCCGGCCCGGCCAGGCCGUGGGGGCGGUUCCCGCCGCGCCGGCUGCUGCGAUGCCGAGGGUGCCGCGGCGGGCCGGGGCCGGGGCAGGGCGGGAGGCGGCCGCCCGGCGCCGGCGUCGACCCCCCCGCCCCGCCUAGGCCGUGUCGGGGGCUGCCGGGCGGACACCGCCGCCCCUGCGCCCGCCGCGCUGCUCGCACGGGCCUCCGGCGGCGACGGGAGGAGCCGCGAAGGUGUUGCCCCGAGGAAUGGCUGCAGAUGUCCACAGGAAGAAAGGCUGGGAAGUGCCCAACGGGUCCCUGGCACCAGGAGAUGGGCAGCAUGUGGAACGGUCUGAAAGCCCCACGCCGGGGCUGGCGCAGGGGACGGAGCCAGGGGCAGGACAGGAGGGAGCCAUGUUUGUACACACCCGCUCCUAUGAGGACUUGACGAGUCCCGAGGACGGGGCGGCCGUAGUGCGGAGCCCAGAGGAGAGGCAGGGGGAGCCAGCUGAGCCGACCAGCAUGGAGCAGAUCAGCAAGGACUUCAGUGAGCUGAGCACGCAGCUCACAGGCAUGGCCCUUGACGUGGAAGAGGAGAUAAGGCAGAGCAAGGAGGGAAAGCUGGAGCCAUCCCCGCAGACCACCCGCCGCGACUCGGUGCUGUCGGGCAAGGAGGAGGAGGAUGUGACCAUGGAUGCCUGGCGCAUGCAUCGGAAGCAUGUCUUUGUGCUGAGCGAGGCAGGCAAGCCUGUGUACUCCCGCUACGGCUCUGAGGAGGCCCUCUCCAGCACCAUGGGUGUCAUGAUGGCCCUGGUGUCCUUCCUGGAGGCUGAGAAAAAUGCCAUCCGGUCUAUCCACGCAGAUGGCUACAAGGUGGUCUUUGUGCGGAGGAGCCCUCUGGUGCUGGUGGCAGUGGCGCGGACCCGGCAGUCAGAGCAGGAGAUUGCCCAUGAGCUGCUAUACAUCUACUACCAGAUCUUGAGCCUGCUCACUUGGACCCAGCUCAACCACAUCUUCCAGCAGAAGCAGAACUACGACCUGCGCAGGCUCCUGGCUGGCUCUGAGCGCAUCACUGACAACCUGCUGGACCUCAUGGCCCAUGACCCCAGCUUCCUCAUGGGUGCCGUGCGCUGCCUGCCCCUGGCUGCCAGUGUCCGGGAUGCUGUCAGUACCAGCCUCCAGCAAGCCAAGGCCAAGAGCCUGGUCUUCUCCAUUCUCUUGUCGGGGAACCAGCUGGUGUCUCUUGUGAGGAAGAAGGAUCAGUUCCUCCACCCCAUUGACCUCCAUUUGCUCUUCAACCUCAUCAGCUCUUCUUCCUCCUUCCGGGAGGGUGAAGCCUGGACUCCCAUUUGCCUCCCCAAGUUCAACUCCAGCGGCUUCUUCCACGCCCACAUCUCCUACCUGGAGCAGGAGAUGGACCUGUGCCUCCUGCUGGUUUCCACUGACCGCGAGGACUUCUUUACUGUCUCUGAUUGUAAGCGGCGCUUCCAGGAGCGGCUGCGGCGGCGGGGGGUGCACCAUGCUCUGCAGGAGGCCCUGCGCACACCCUUCUACAGCGUCGCCCAGGUGGGCAUCCCUGACCUCCGGCACUUUAUCUACAAGUCCAAGAGCUCUGGGCUCUUCACCAGCCCUGAGAUUGAGGCACCCUACGUGCACGAGGAGGAGAAGGAGAGGCUCUUGGGGCUCUACCAGUAUCUCCACAGCCGGGCUCACAACUCUUCACGCCCCCUGAAGAACAUCUACUUCACGGGCCCCCGUGAGAACCUCCUGGCUUGGGUAACCAGCGCCUUUGAGCUUUACAUAUGCUACAGUCCCCUGGGGACCAAGGCUGGUGCCAUCAGUGCUGUUAACAAGCUCAUGAAGUGGAUCCGCAAGGAGGAAGACCGACUCUUCAUCCUCACGCCCCAGACAUACUGACAGGCAUCACCCAGGGUGUGGUGCCAGCCGGAAGAGCCCCCAUUGUGCCGGGGAGCCCAUCCCCCGGGGAAACCCGGGCCUGCAUCCAGAGGAAAGGGCAUGGUGGGACCCUAGAGCAUGGGGAAGCCCAUCCAUGGGACUGUCCAACCUGGGUGUUAGUGAUGGAGUGCACAACAGCAAGGGGAAGGGAUGAGCAGGACUUUCAUCUGCAGGCAGUGCUCCCAGCUGAGGGAGACUGUCCUUCCUCUGCAGCCCCUGACUCCAUCCCGCGUUGUGGGGGUUCUGGAGCAGGGCUACCCGUACCCCAAGUUGCUGAAGGGGAGCUUAGCCCCUGGGUCCUGCUGCCUGUGCCUGUCUCCAUCCUUCCUCUGCCAUCCUGUGGCUGUGCUGGGGUGGGUGUCCCCAGGGGAGACAUGGCAGCACUCAGGGGACCCCUAUGCUGCUGUGCCUGCAGAUGGUGGGUGAUACCACCCAAACGGGGGACAGGGCUGGCCUGGGGUAUGCACUGCUCCUCUCCCUGCCGUGGGAGAGCUGGCCCCCCCAAGUGCCAGGCAGCCCCUGGCAGUCCCUGGAGCUCUGCCCUGGCAGGUUUGUCCCCUUGGCAUCUGUGUGAGCCUGGACCCUUCCCACCGUGGUCAUGAGAAGGAUGUCGCUGGGGCUGCUGGCAGGCCAAGUGGUGGGUCAGCCUGCCCCAGCUGGGACAGCAGGGUCCUGCCCACCUCCCCAUGGGGACACAGAGCAGUCCCAGAGAGGGUUGGGGUACCGGGGGGCUUGUGGUGCUGGCUCCCGGGCAGCAGACCCUGAAGGGGCAGCUGAAGCGCAACUCUCUGGCAAACCCCCUGGCAAAGGGCCCUGGUGCCCCUCCCCAGCCCAAGGAGGGUUUUUCUCCUUGGCAUGGGGGCACCUGCCCCCCAAACUCAGCCCCUUGAGCCAGCAAUGCUGAGUUUGCUGCACAGGGGCCACCUCCUCUCCAGCCAUCCCCAGGCACGGGUGUGGGGCUGAGCAACUGGGAGUGCUGUGGCACACCGGGCAUGGCCCAGCCCCGCGUUUGGGCACUGCCAAGAGCUGGGACGUGUGUCCAGAGGGGCAGAGCCACUGGGGUGGCACCGAGUGAGCCGGGAGGGACCCGGCAGGGCUAGCGCAGGGACUCUGCUCCUGGAAUUAUGCUCCUGCCAGAGUGUAAUCGCUUGUCUUUACUCAUAAACAUUAUCUGGACCCUGA